GCCAUUUCAAGCGUUGACGAGCUGUGUAAAGCUGGGCGUGUAUAAUUUAAAUGGGCCCCUGUAUUCAGUCAUGCCAACGGAUACUGGUGAACUUUUCGCCCGCGUGCAGCCCGAUACAUAUCAGUAAAACUCAGGGUCGGCCGCUGGAUCUGUUGUGAAGUUUAUAAUAUAUGUUCUCAUUUUUACAAGGUGACAAUGGCAAUUAGGCUGAGCUCAUCGCGGGUGUUAUUAAGCACGUUGUUUGAUUUUUUGAAGUAUGGAAAACCAACUAGAUCUAUGACUAGUUUGAGUACGAACCAAGCCACUGGGAAAGGAAUGAACAAGAUUAAUAAGAUUCAGAAGAGGAAUUGGAAAGGGGUGUGUUGUUGGAGUUGGGAAACAGACAACUGGUCUUUAUCAGCAAAGAAAAGGUUGACAAAAGAUAGCUGGCCUGAUCAUGAUGUUAAAGCAUUUUCUGUGAGUAGUGCUCAAGGUCAAGGGUCAUCUAAAAUCACUGAAGAAGAGCGAAGAAAGCAUCUGAUGGCACGUAAUCUUCCAAAAAGAGAACCCAUUGUUGGAGUAAAAAACACAAUCUUGGUAGCCUCUGGAAAAGGGGGAGUCGGAAAAUCUACUACAGCAGUCAAUAUCGCACUUGGUAUAGCUGCUAUUGAAAAGAAUGCUAAUGUUGGCAUCUUGGAUGCUGAUGUCUUUGGCCCUUCCAUACCUCGCAUGAUGAAUCUCCAAGGGAAAGAGCCUGAUAUUGAUAAAAAUAAUCAGCUUAUACCACUUAGGAAUUUUGGUGUAUCAUGCAUGUCUAUGGGUUUCCUGGUCGAUGAGAACUCCCCUGUUGUAUGGAGAGGGUUAAUGGUAAUGUCAGCUAUUCAGAGGUUAGUCAAACAGGUAGCAUGGGCACCUCUUGAUUACUUGGUAAUUGAUAUGCCACCAGGAACAGGAGACACACAACUCUCCAUAUCUCAACUUAUCACAAUAGCAGGUGCAGUUAUUGUGUCAACUCCUCAAGAUAUAGCCUUACUGGAUGCAAGGAAAGGUGCCGAGAUGUUCAAGAAAGUAGACGUUCCUGUUCUUGGAAUUGUUCAAAAUAUGAGUGUUUACCAAUGUCCUAAAUGUGGUCAUCAAGCCCAUAUAUUUGGACAAGAUGGUGUCCAUGGUGUUGCCAAGGAGAUGGGACUUGACGUGCUUGGUGAUGUGCCUCUUCACAUAGACAUAAGGGAGACCUCUGACAGUGGGAAACCUAUCGUUGUAUCAGCACCUCAAAGCUCACAGGCCAUUGCUUACAAAUCAAUCGCAAAGGAAGUACUGCAAAGAAUCAAACAGGAUGAAUCACAUAGAUGACAAUGAAAAAGACUUUUACAAACUGUCUGGCCGCAAGUGUUUAUCAUGGAAAGUUGAUUCCUCUAGGACUUUUAUCCUCUUAAAAGAUGCUGUAAAUCACCCGCUGGGUGUUUCAUAAAGCCGUUUGUAAGUUACGAGCGACUUCACUAACGACUGGUGGCCCUUUGUUCAGAACUAAAUACACACAAUUUUACCUCGAGAAAGGAUCACCAGUCGCUUGUAACUCACGAACAGCUUUAUGAAAUACCCACCCGUGGUUAGCCUGGAGGCGUCAUUGGGAGCAAGCGUACGUAGUAAAUAAUUUUUACUCCCAAGAUGCUACCAGGCUACCCGUGGUGGUGUUUAAUAAAGUUGUUGGCAAGUUACGAGCGACUUUAAGAAAGACUGGUGACCCUUGUGCUAAUUGAGAAACACCUAAUAAUAAUUUUCAGUGAUGUUGAUCUAGCAUCUAAGAAAGAAUCACCAGUCGUUCGUAAAGUCACUUGUAACUUACAAACAGCUUUAUAAACACCAACCAGCUUGCCGUCCAAAUCAAUUGCAGAGGAUCAAACCUGGCGACUCGCAUAGAUGACAAUUACAAGAAUUCGGGAAAGCAACAGAAGACAUCUAAAGACUUGUCAAGUAUCAGUUUUUAUGGAACUUGAUACCUCCAGGUAUAUGUGAAAUGUGACAUGCAAAGUCUUCAAGUAAAUCAUGAAUACGAAGUUAAUACUCCAAUAAAAGUGUGCUUAUUAUCUUUCA